AUGGUGGCCAUUUUGGUGGCAAAGUUGGUGGAGUUGUUGGUGGAGCUGUUGGUGGAGCUUUCAGACCUUUUAAUGGAGCUGUUGGAGCUGUUAGUGGAGCUUGUGCUGCUGUUGGUGGCGUUGUUGGUGGAACUGUUGGUGGCAUUGUUGGUGGAAAAGGAGAAUGCGAUUCCGCAGAAAUACGUUUUUCAGAAAUGUGAAUCAGGUCCCUGUGCGUUUCUCCUGGUCAUCAAAGCUGACAGGUUCACUGAAGAAGACAGAAAAACUGUGGAGAAGAUUGAGAAGCUCUUGGGACGAGAGCGUCUCCAGAAAACCUGGAUUCUCUUCACCAGAGGAGAUGAACUGGAGGAUGGAAACUUGACAAUAAAAGAGUUAAUCACUGAAAACAAACAUUUGAAGAAACUCCUUCAGAAAUAUGACCAGAGAUACCAUGUGUUCAACAACAAGAAAAAAGGACACAGUGGACAAGUUACACUGCUACUUGCAAAAAUUCUCAAGACGUUUCUUAAGAAAACAGAAAAAGGAGCAGGGAAACUGGAGCAGCCUCCGCCGAAGAGAUGCACAUUAAUGUCAAAAAAUGCUAACGAAUCCACAAGGAUGGUGCUCCUGGGUGAAACUGGUGCAGGAAAGAGUGCAGCCGGUAACACCAUACUGGGACAGAAGGUGUUCAAAUCUGCAGUAACCAAUACAUGUUUAAAGAAACACGCCACGGUUGCAGGCAGGAUAGUGUCUGUAGUUGAUACACUUGAUUUCUUUGACACAAAGAAGAACCCUGAGCAGUUAGUUAGAGAGACGGCGAGAAGCAUUCAUUUAUCCAGACCCAGACCUCACGCUUUUCUCAUUGCAUUUCCUGCGAACAUGAGGUUUACUGAGCGUGAGGAGCAGAUUCCUCAGAUGGUCCAAAUACUGUUUGGAGAGGAUGUGUUAAAAUACUCCAUUCUCUUCACUCAUGGGGAUCAGUUAGAAGGAGGGUCCAUUGAGAAACGUAUUGAGGGGAACUGUGCAUUAAGACAUCUAGUACGUGUGCAGUGUGGAGACCGGUAUCAUGUCCUCAACAAUAAAAACAUUAAAGAUAGAAAGCAAGUCAAUCAUCUACUGCUGAUGAUUGACAGAAUGAUAGUGCAGAAUGGCGGAUACUACACUAAUGAGAUGCUUCAAGAUUCUCAACAAGGGGAAGAACAGCUGACACAAAGGAGGGAGAGAAAAAUAAGCAUUCAAAGAAACUCUGGAUAUUCUUUUUUAUCAGGGGAUUGCCAUCAUUUUAACAUGUUAGUUGUUGUAGUAAGUGUAGCUAUUGGAGUUGGUCUUGGAGCUGUUUGCGGAGCUCCUGGAGGAGCUCUUGCUGCAGUUUUAGUGGAGGUGGUGCAGGUGGUAUAGCUGGUAGUGCAGUUU